GGCACAAAAGGGCAAAGGGAAACGCGUUUCCCUGUUCAUCGUCGUCUCUGUCCGAGAGAGAGGGCGCCGAAAUAAAGGAGAGCAAAAAAGAGAGAGAUCUCGGUCGGAAUCGAUCUUUUUGGACUCCCUGUCCGAUCUCCUCCCUCGCAAUCCGGCUGACUCGUGCCGUCCCCCACCGUACCUCGAGCUUCCAGAGUUCUCGCCGUCGUCCCGAUGGAGGUGAACCAGCACAGCCUUACCGUCGGAGGCCCUCGCGCUGAUCCCGACACGGGUUUGGAAGAAUCCAUGUGGAGGUUGGGAUUGAGCGGGGUAAAUUUGCCGUACCCGGAGAGACCUGGUGAGCCGGACUGCUCCUACUACAUGCGAACUGGAUCGUGCAGCUAUGGACCGAGGUGCCGUUUCAAUCACCCGCGCGAUCGUGGAACCUUAAUUGGUGCUGGAGCUGAAGGGAUUGGAUCGAUGGAGUAUCUUGAGCGAGUGGAUCAGCCUGUAUGUGAGUACUAUAUGAAAACUGGAACUUGCAAAUUUGGUGCUGCCUGUAAGUAUUACCAUCCCAGGCAAGGUGGAUUCGUCCAGCCGAUGUUGUUAAAUGACUAUGGAUACCCUUUGCGACCUGGAGAGAAAGAAUGCUCCUACUACCUGAAGACUGGCCAAUGCAAGUUUGGUUCGAAUUGUAAAUUCCAUCACCCGCAACAUCCUGGGACCUCAGUGCUCUCAUCUGCACCAGCAUUUUAUACGCCGGUGCCAACUCCACCUGUUCCCUUGACUCACCAAUAUACACCUAUGGCUAAUUGGCAAGUUGCUAGGCCUCCAGUUGUUCCAGGUUCAUAUAUGCCAGGUCCUUAUGCUCCUAUGAUGCUCUCUCCUGGAGUUGUUCCAGUUCAGAAUUGGAGUCCUUAUCUGGUUCCUAUGAGUCCCGCAGUUUCUCAUGGAAAUCAACGGCCGAUUCAAGUUGGACAAGAAUAUGGGUUGGCCAACCAGGCAACUCCUACCAUGCCUGCUUACCAUGUGUCUCAUUUGCCAGUAUCUACUUCAGUUCAUAGAGAUAAUCAGUUUCCAGAGAGAUCUGGCCAACCUGAGUGCCAGUUCUACAUGAGAACAGGGGACUGUAAAUUUGGAUCCACGUGUAAAUAUCAUCAUCCUCCAGAUUGGAGCAUGCCAAGGAGAAAUUGUGUGCUUAGUCCUUUAGGCUUCCCUCUUCGUGCGGGUGUUCAAAUUUGCAGUUUCUAUGCUCAAAAUGGAAUUUGCAAGUUUGGGAAAACAUGCAAAUUUGAUCAUCCGAUGGGAAGUCUUAGCUAUAGUCCUUCUGCAUCUUCGCUUUCUGACAUGCCAGUUGCUCCAUAUCCCAUCGGCAUGUCGGUUGCAACUUUGGUGCCAUCCUUAUCAUCCUCAGAACUGCAAUUCCUUUCCAGCAAGGAGUCUUUCUCUAUGAGAAUGUCAUCCAGUAACACAUUCAGUGAUUCCGUUGGUUCUAUACAUACAAACAGGAGUUUCCCUUCCCCCUCACCUGGUCAACCUCAUCACUCCACAUCGAGUAGCAGCAUCGUCAUUGCUCAUGAUAGUGAAAUAUCAAGCUCAAGCUGAGAAAUUCAGUGUGCCACUUUAGUUAUUGACUAAAUCUCCAACUUCAACUCGCUGUUCAUUAAUCCAGGCAAACAGGGAGGCACAACAGGCUCUCCCCUAAUCGGGUAUCUGGCCAUUUUACCUUUGAUCGUCUUGUUUGUUCACUAACCAAACUCUUCAUGAAAUAAGCUAUGGCCGACUCAAAGAUGGAAUAGCGAAAUUCCAAGUCUUACAAUUUUGUUUUUCAUAUAUACCUCUUCAAAAGAUCAAGUCUGGCAUGAUAUUGGCUGCUAUUUUCUACAGAAAUUGAUCUUUCUCACAUGAAAAGUACUGCCUGUUUCAUGGCUCAGAUUUCCCACAUUACUCCAAAACCUUAUUAGCUUCAAGAUUUUUCAGGUUGAAGUUAUUUCUGAAGCAGGUACCCAGUUGACCUUCUAAACUUGUAUUUUGCAUUACUAUUCUGAGCAUCACUACUCUUGGACUCAUGUAAAUUUGAUAUCCAAAUUAUGUGCGAGCACACACUUAUCUCUUGUAAAUUGGUCUUCUGAUCUAGGAAAAAGUGAGUACUUUCUACC